AUGACAGCCGCGAACAUCGAUGAUGCAAGCGCGCCUAUUGACAUCAAGGACAGCAACAACCAGCAAAACGGUAAAGCCGAACCCAUCCCAGCUACCUAUCUUAUCAAUAUUACCGUACUUACCGUUGAAGGAACAAAUAUCACUUCCAGCUAUCCAAAACACCUUACACUCGAUAUUGGCGGUCGCAAGUUCAAAGUCUCGCGCGACACACUUAUGGCCGAGUCUGGCUUGUUUGAGCGGCAACUCUCCGGCCGUUUCCGCCCUUGGGAGCCUGAGGUAGAUGGCUCGUACUUCCUGGAUGCCGACCCUGAUCUCUUCGAGCAUCUUCUUCGUUUCAUGCGUCGUCCUGAAGUCUUUCCCCUCUUCUACAGCAAGAUGAACGGCUUUGACUAUGAUCUGUACAAUCGCCUGCAAGCUGAGGCGUUGUAUUUCCAGAUCGAUGCUCUGCAUGAGUGGAUCAAAGACAAGAAGUACCUUACCGCUAUCAAAGUCCAAACAUCGAACCCGAACGUCCGCAGCGUCCAAGACAUCAGUCUGAUAUAG